AUGAAAAUUAUGUUGGUGCUUAUCAUUACCAAAAUCGCGUACGAACGAACAAUCUUGACCUGCAGCGAAGAUGAAUUUUUGAAGCAUUUCAGGGUAAGCAGGAGAAUAGCCCAAAAUCUGGCUCGAAGGUACGAAAGUAGUGGUUUUUAUAAAAGUGGGUCUGGCCAGUUUGGAAACAUUUCUCCUCUACGCCAGGUGCUUGUGUUUCUUUGGUUUGCAGGCCAUCAGACUUCGAGCUUCCGCGCUAUAGCCGAUAAGUUUUGCAUAUCUAUCAGCUCAUUGCAUCGCAUUGUUAGAAAAGUGACGUUAUUUUUGAGCAGCUUGUCUCCUGAAAUAAUAAAAUGGCCGUCGGAGGAUGAGAAAUUGGCAAUUAGAGAAAAUUUUGAGAGAAACGGUUUUCCAGAUGUUAUAGGUGUUAUUGAUGGAAUCCACAUUUCAAUUGACAAACCGACAAUCGAUCCUGACACUUAUAUCAACAAAAAAGGAUUUUUUUCUAUUCAGAUGCAAGCUGUUUGUGACCAUAAAAUGAGAUUUACCGAUGUCUUCAUUGGGUGUCCAGGUUCGGCUCCUGACAGUGGUGUACUUCAAAACUCCAGCCUUUUUCAAACCUUGGCCGAAAAGUGUGGUACUUACUUUAUUUUAGGAGACAGCUGCUACCCUUUACUUAGCAAUUUGUUGACUCCUUACAAGGACCGUCAACUUUCAAAAAGCCAGAUAAAUUAUAACACAAAGUUGUCUCAGAAUCGUAGUACAGUAGAUCACGCUUUUGCCAUUUUGAAGGAGAAAUUUCGUCAAUUGAACCACGUCAAAUUGAGAAACAUGACUUACAUAGAACAUUUUAUACGAGCAUGCUGCGUAUUGCAUAAUAUUAGCAUAGACGAUGUCUUCGAGGUGAACUAUGAGUUAGAAUUCACUGAAGAAACCUCAAAUGAAGAAGGAAGUACAUCAGAUACGGCAGAUGGUAUCGCUGCUCGUGACCAAAUGGCCGCUACAUUGCUCAUGUAGAAAUUUUGUUGAUUCAACGUGUAGAAAACACAACUCUUUCAUUAACAUGAGAACUUGUAUGUCUUUAAAUAAUAAACGCUUUAAUUUUUUAACAAUGGAA